AUGGCGGCUGCCAACAAUAACCACAAUAGCAAUACUAACGACAAUACCAAGGUUAUUCCACCACCACCCAUUGUCUAUACCAUUGCUGGAUCCGAUUCAGGAGGCGGUGCCGGAAUCCAAGCCGAUCUACAUGCCAUCAAAGCCAUGGGAGGACAUGGAUGUUCGGCCAUUGCUGCGCUGACGGCACAAAACUCCGUUGGAGUCAGUGCUGUACACGCACCACCCAUUGAAUUUUUGAGGGCCCAAUUAGAUGCCUUGGUCAGCGAUUUGUUUCCUCGGGGAAUUAAGAUUGGAAUGCUGGCCACCAAGGAGGUUGCCAAUUUGGUAGGAGAAGUGCUGAAGGAGUUAAAGGAAAAGAACAAUGGUAGUCGCGUGUGGGUGGUUUUGGAUCCAGUCAUGAUAUCGACCAGUGGAUCCAAACUGAUUGAUGACGACGCAGUGGAUGCCAUCGUCAAGAAUGUUUUCCCGUAUGCCGAUGUAGUGACGCCCAACAAGUUUGAAGCUGAAGCACUCUUGGGACGCAAAUUGAAAACUCCAGAAGAUGUUCAAAAGGGAGCUCAAGACAUUCUAGCCAUGGGAUGCAAGGGCGUUUUGAUCAAGGGCGGGCACACUUUAAUUGACGAAAAGGAUGCCACUUCGGAGCUGAAGGCUACCAUUACCUACGCACAAGACUACCUGUUGACCAACGAGGAGCUUCCCAAGGAAGAAGAUAGACGACUUUGCGAUAGUGCUAGUGGAAUUUGGCUUCGAUCAAAGAGAUGGGAUACUGAAAAUACUCACGGGACAGGAUGUACACUAUCUUCUGCCUUUGCGACAGCACUUGCCCUUGGUGAAACUAAGCGCCUGGAUGAAAGCUCCAAAGAAGGAGCCACGAGUUCAAUUUACCUAUCUGAUGCAUGCUGCUUGGCCAAAGCCUAUGUCUCGGCUGGGAUUCAGCAAGGAGUACAAUUGGGAGCUGGCCCUGGUCCAGUGGCACAGACUACAUUCCCUUCCUCCUACGAACACUUUCCAUCCAUCAUUGCGGAACCCACAAGCGAUUUACCAGCAUUUCUUCCCAUGAAGGCUUACUCGACUGAAAAGAGUAAUGAUGACAUCCCAGUGUUGGGGCGCAUUCUUCCGAUUGUUGAUACUGUUGAAUGGAUCCGAAAACUUGCCGAAACACCAGGGGUCGAAGACAUUCAAUUGCGCAUCAAAGAUGAAACUGAUGUUGGUAAGAUUGCAGAGCGCGUGCAAGCCUGCCAAGACAUUUGUGCCAAGGAAGGGGUACGACUUUGGAUCAAUGACCACUGGGAGGCUGCAGUUCAAGCUGGAUGCUUUGGAGUUCACGUUGGGCAGGAGGAUUUGCUCAAGUGUAAGAAUGCUGGUGGUUUGGAGAAGCUUCGAGAAAAGGGCAUUGCAUUGGGUAUCUCCACACACUCGUAUGGUGAACUUGCCGCUGCCAUUGGAAUCAAACCCAGUUACAUCAGUCUCGGUCCUAUUUUUGCAACAUCAAGUAAGAAGGUUGGAUUUGAUCCACAAGGGCUCGGAAUCCUAUCCAAAUGGAGAGACUUAAUCCCACCGUCUAUUCCAUUUGUCACCAUCGGUGGUAUCAACACCAUUGACGCUGCCAAAUCCAAUAGGCAAGCGGGGUCGGAUUGUAUUGCAGUCAUCGGCGCGGUAACAAAGGCUGAAAACUUACCAGAGAGAAUACAAGAGUUGAAUGAAGCUAUGCUGCUGUUGUAG